AUGACUGGUGACGUGCGAUUGCGAUUGUCCUGCGCUCUUCUUUUCGCGUGCUUGCCUUUGAUGUCUGUCCAACUAGGUGGUCUUGGUCAGCCCGCGUUUGCUCCCAAUCUGCAUACUGGUGCAGCUGGUGCAGCUGGUGCAGCCGCCGCGCGCCCGCCCGUCGCUCCCCGCCCCCAUUCCCGCCGUCCGCGUCCGUUCCGUACUCGGCCGCGGCCGUUUGCUCCCACCGAUGGAUUCCUCGCCGCGCCGGUCCCCGGACCGAAAAGCGAGACAAAGUCACGUUAUCGGUACAAGCAACGAAAAAAAAACCCCAACACACACUUGCACUCGUCCUUUUCGACAACCACACCCUGCUUCUUUGUUGAACAAUUCCCUUCCCACCAUCGACCCUGCAUCCUCUUCCACAAUGGGGCCGACACCACCUCGUGCGCCGACACGCUCGUACGCACUGCCCCGCCGCUAUACUUGGCCAUACCCGCAACUUCCAACAACUGUGCAAUUUCUCUGUUUCGCACUGUCAAUGCGUCAAUCGAUUCCCCCCUCCGUUAUCUCGCCAAGCCGGGAGAGUCAUCCCCGUGUUAUCACCCGUCGGCACUAUUGGCUCUUCUGGUGCCCAACGGAGUACAAAGGCCAGUAGUGAAUGAUCGCGAAAUGCAAUUCACCAACGAGUUCCGGGGCCAACUCAACGAAGUGCCAUCCGGCUGCGCUUGCCGCCCCCAGACACUAGACUAA